UGACGAUUUAAAGCCGAAAAGAUACGGGUGGUAAUCCCGUCCUUACUGCUGGCUCAGCUCACACCGCGACAUCACCGUUUGUGUUCAUCGAAACCGUCUAAGGGCGGAACCACCGUGUGGAAGUUAUCUAGACUAACACCACUGAACACCACUCGCCUCUCUGUGUGUGUUUUCUCCCUGCGAGUCCUGUAACGACACCCACACGUCCAGCAACAUGGCUGCUCAGUGUGUAACCAAGGUGGAGCUGACUGUGUCCUGUGACAAUCUCCUGGAUAAAGACAUCGGAUCCAAGUCAGACCCUCUGUGUGUCCUGCUGAUGAGCAGCUCUGAUUCUCAGUGGUAUGAGGUGGCUCGCACUGAGAAAGUCCAAAAUUGCCUCAACCCUAAGUUUGCCAAAAAAUUCCUCAUCGACUACUACUUUGAAAUAGUGCAGAAACUCAAGUUUGGGAUUUAUGACAUCGACAACAAAACUAUUGACCUGAGUGACGAUGACUUCCUGGGGCAACUGGAGUGCACCUUGGGCCAGGUUGUGUCCAGUAAAAAACUGACCAGACCACUCGUCUUGAAGAACAAGACACCUGCAGGAAAAGGGACCAUCACAAUCAGUGCAGAAGAAAUAAAAGAUAACAGGGUGGCGAAUUUUGAAGUUGAAGCAAGGAAGCUAGAUAACAAGGAUUUCUUUGGGAAGUCCGACCCUUACCUGGAAUUCUACAAGCAGACUGAAACUGGAUGGCAGCUGGCUCACAGGACAGAGGUGGUAAAGAACAACUUGAAUCCAACAUGGAGACCCUUUCGAAUCCCCCUGCAGUCUCUAUGUGGAGGAGACCUGGAGAAACCUAUAAAGGUUGAGUGUUACGACUAUGACAACGAUGGCUCCCAUGAUCUUAUUGGAGCAUUCGAGACGACGAUGACACGCCUCCAACAAGCAUCACGAACAUCUCCGGCAGAGUUUGAAUGCAUCAACAGUAAAAAGAAACAGAAGAAGAAAGGCUACAAGAACUCUGGUGUUGUGAGCGUGAAGCAAUGCCAGGUGGUGAAGGAGUAUACCUUCUUGGAUUAUAUCAUGGGAGGCUGUCAAAUCAACUUCACUGUGGCCAUCGACUUCACAGGCUCCAAUGGGGAUCCUAAGUCUCCUCAGUCUCUGCAUUACAUCAGUCCUCAGGGCGUUAAUGAGUACCUCUCUGCUAUCUGGUCCGUGGGCAAUGUCAUCCAGGAUUAUGACAGUGACAAGAUGUUUCCCGCCUUCGGCUUUGGAGCACAAAUCCCCCCCACAUGGCAGGUUUCCCACGAGUUUCCUCUCAAUUUCAACCCAGCGAAUCCGUUCUGUGCAGGAGUUGAAGGUGUGGUGGAAGCCUACAGGAUAUGUCUGCCCCAGGUUAAACUCUACGGUCCCACCAACUUCUCUCCCAUCAUCAACCACGUAGCUUGCUUUGCUAAGCAAGCCCUCCAGCAGACCACUGCAUCACAAUACUACGUUCUCCUCAUCAUCACUGACGGAGUAAUCACAGACAUGGAUGAGACACGCAGUGCCAUCGUCAACGCCUCCCGUCUGCCCAUGUCCAUCAUCAUUGUUGGAGUAGGCGGGGCAGAUUUCACUGCCAUGGAGUUCCUGGAUGGGGAUGACGGACGCCUGCGCUCUCAGACAGGCGAGGCCGCCAUGCGAGACAUCGUUCAGUUUGUGCCGUUCAGGCAGUUUCAAAAUGCUCCUAAAGAAGCAUUGGCAAAGAGUGUGUUGGCAGAAGUACCAGGUCAGCUGGUGGAUUUUUUCAAUACCAUGAAGCUGAGUCCACCCAACUCCAGUUUGGCACCAGCCCCCACAGGGACCAUCUGAUACCACAAGAAAGAAACCAGACACGGACCAAUAUCAUCUCCAGAUCACUUCACACAACUUCAUCGCACCAUGCAAUUACACACAAAUGUCCAUCCCACACUCUCCUAAGUCGACCCUCUUAUUUCACCCCUUUAAAGAAAUGCUAACAUGGAGCCAGAGACAACCACCCCAUUCACACACAUUGUACAUAAGCGGUGUCAAAUUAUACCCAGCUGUUGUUAGAUAUUAAUAUCCAUGUGUGUUUAUUUUAGCUGUGCUAACUGUGACUUGAAAAACCAAAACAAGUAUAAUCAUUCCAUUAUUUUGAAAGAAUAAAUUAAUGGCAGGAAGUGCAGAAACAGAAACAGCUCAAGGAUUUGAAAGUUCAUUGUCCCUUACAGUAAGUACGCACUAAGACACAUCUCAUUUACAUUGGAGGAGCACUGCACUGGCAACUAUGAGUGCCUUUUUUUCUGUCUGUUUGAUGGCUUCAAGUUACAAUAGUUAUGUAAAGGGAUCUUACACACAAAUAUAACGAAAUACAGCAAGUUAGUGAUGAAGAUGUUUACAGCUUUAGAGAAAUAGCUGUGGCACUAAUAGUAGCAUAAUUAUGUACAUACAGCCAAGUAGCUUUGUAAUAGCUUCUGUCUUGGCACAUGGAGCAUAUAGUAUAUCUGCAUUAAUGCUUAUUGUUGCACAUGCUUCCUAUGCACUCUCCUGUCAUAACGUCCUGUACUGCAAAGACCUCAGAUUUAGUUAUUUUACUCAAUGAAAUGCCAAACUGUGUGGCCAAUUAACCCAUGUGAAAACCCAGAGCUAGUUAAACUGACCCUUAAAGUAUGACUGACAUUGUGUAACUGUAACAUAGUGUCAUUGUAGAUUUAGAUGUAUUGUGUCAGACUCAUUACUCAUGGAAGGUUAGGUAGUGUACCAUUGUGCCAGUUACUUUGGGUAACUUUGCCAAGGACUAACAGCCAGCCUAAAGCACUGUAUUUCUUUAAUCCAAUGAUUUAGCCAUUUUGAUUAUUUUUUUUAUAGCUAUAUAAUCAGUAUUAAACACGCUGUUGCCAUAGAAACUACAUACAGUUCUGGUUAUUGAACUGUAUGUAUAUUUACUGCAGAUGUGUCUGUUGUUCUGUUGUCAUAUAUAUAUAUAUUUUCUGUCAUACGAAAAAGCAUCACGCUAACGAAUAAAGCUCUUAUUCAAUAUGAA